CAUGACACGUAUUCAUCGUAUCAUUUUGUGUUUUUUAAGCAAAAUUAUCAAGAUGUUACAAACAUUUGUUUUCGAUUAAUUUCAGUGGAAGGUCUGCUUGGCAUAGUGUUGUAUAUAUUAAGCGCUGUGUUUAAUGUAUUGACCUCACUAGUUGCACAGAAGGCAAGGUUCAUAGAACUUUUCGGCACAGAACUUGCAGAUGUCUACCUACGUGAUGAUAACCUCGAGCCGUGCUAUUUAGCGAAUCCCUUUUACUUCGCCACUGUAGCCGAGCAAUCGGUCACUACUCAUUAUGUCAACUUGGCUCCCCAAUGGAAAUCUGUCACUGAGAGCUUGGAGAGUUUGCAACAAGGAGUGCAAAACUACGUAAACCAGGGCCAGAAUUCAUUGACGGUGUACUCCGGCACUAUUGGUGUUCUCACGCUACCCACGAGCUUGGGCAGUUCCCGGGCCUUGUACCUGGUCACGUUUUUGGGCUCAAACGUGUGUCCAGUUCCCCAGUACUUCUACAAGGUGGUGAUAGCUGAUCAUGGACCUCUGGUAUUCCUCAUAUCAAAUUCUAUAGCCGCUGUGCCAAGUGGCGUACCGUUUUACUGCACUGAUUUGGGCAGCGACGCCCAUUCUGGUAUCAGCUGGAACCGUAAAAGAUCCUUUGACCUGUGCUGUGACUUCGAGGAAUUUCAGAAAAAAGUUAGCUAUUUACAACUCUAACUACCUAAGUAUGCAUAAGUCAUUUAAACAAAAAAUCAUAAUCAAUCAUUUUACAUAUAAUUGAUGCUAUAUAAGUAUUUAUUCAUUAUAUUUUGUAUAAGUUCUUUGAAAUCCUUGUGAUUAUUUUGGUAUCUGUACAAAGUACACCAUUGUUAUAUAAAUUUAUUAAAAUAUGUAUUAUUUAUCAAUAUCAUUUUGUGUGCAAUAAAUAUAUGUUUUAUAAAAA